CAAUCGAGCGUUUAAAUGCCGGAGACCAGAAUAGGCACUUGAUUUGAGCAGACGGCCUGUGGUGUUCUUUCUCGCGAAGCCGAGCAGAGCCAACCUGCUGGAGCACAUGCAUGUGUGUGUGUAAUACUUGGUACUGGGCAGACAGACGACAUCUCAUCUCGUGCGUACCCGUUUCUUAUCGCAGCAACCGCUCCUUGCUAGCGGCAAAGGUUUAUCGAGUUGGCCUGACCAAAACCUCUGACAUGUGCUUGUGGACCCCCAUCUCCACCACUCCCUCUUUGUCCCUUCUCGCCUCUGCUCCCCAAAACAGCUCUUCUGCAGCAGACACAGCUCCCGUCCAUUUGCCGCGCUCGCUAUUCAACAAGCCUCGCUCCCGAGUCCUCUCUGCCUCUGCCUCCCCUCCCCCCCCCCCCCCACUCUCUAGCUGGCAGCGGGCCACGCGCCUGAGCCGGUUCGUUCUCGUGCAUCGGAACCACCCAGCCCUUUUCUGCAUCGACGGACGGUGGCCAGCUCGAGGACCCCUGCCGAAAUCCUGGCAGCCCAGCACCCAAGCCCGGCAAAAAGGCUGCCCGGCCGCCCCUCCAGGCAUUUCGGCGCUGCAAUUGGUGGAACACGGCCGAUGCUAGCUGAGAGAGGCAAGCCGUCGGUACCUCGCCUGCUCAUCGGUUGUUGGCAAAGCAGGUAUUAGCUAUGACGACGACGAGUGCUGUAGGUAUUCAGACAGCAGUGUUCCCCUGCCUCUUUCCACGUUUCCGACCGGCAAGCUAGCAAGGGUGAGCAGUCCGUAGUGCUACGGCUAUUGGCAGGGUCUCGGACGGGCG